UUUUUUCAAGAAAUGAUAAAAAUCGUAGAAAACAUUUUGAUUUUCUAAGUAUUUGCUAAAAAAGGAUGCAUGGUCGUUGAAAGAGGUCAAGAGGAUGGACCUCCCCUGGUCUGAUGGGAUUUACCCUAGUGAUGUCCCCCGGGAUUUUGAAGAGGUCAGGAACAGGGAGGAGAGAAAAGAGAGGAUUUCCCUGUAUUGGGAGUCCAUGGUAAAUGACAAAGAACCAAAAGUCCAUAAGAAUGCUCUACUCCAUUUGAUGCAAGACCUGAAGGAUGAGGGGAAUGACCUGUUUAAGGAGGGGGACUUUGAUAACUCCUGGAUGCACUAUCGUAAUGCCCUCUUCAUCGCCCGCAUCCUGGAAGUGCGUUUUUAUCACACAGUGGAUAAGGAGUUUAUGUCAACUCUCUUCUCUAACAGAGCAUUCUGCUGUCUUAAAAAGGAGAUGUACAUAGAGGCUAUACAUGAUUGUGAUUCAGCGAUACAGAUUUUCCCUGGGAACAUAAAGGCCUACUACAGACAGGUGCUUGCCCUGAAGGCCCAGAAGAGACUGACGGAUGCUCUCCGAGUGGCAGAGAAAGGCAUGGAGACCAAGCCGGGGGUAUUUAAGGAAAUCUUAGAAGAGUUAAAAGAACAGAUAGAAGAAGAGAGAAACAUUGCUGCUAGUGUGUCUGCUAAGGAAGCUAAGCCUAUAGAGGAGCGGGAACCAGAUAACGAAUGGCUGCAGGGAACCAAUAUUAACAUAACCAAGCAAAGUGAAGCAAGACAAAAGAUGCCAUCAAAGAAAAAUAAAGGGAAGUCCCCCACAAAACAGCCGCAGACUAAUGGUAACAUUAAUAAUAACAAUGCUAAGACGUUUGUGAAGUCCAGUCCAGAGAUCGGGAAUGGGGACGUAGAUGAUGAGGAAGUUGAGUCGGAUGAUACAGAAGGCUCUGAUGAUCGGCUCAGUGAGGAUGAAAACUUUGUCAGUACCUUCAUGAACGUCCGUAACACCAAGCUGGUCAGUCCGGGACAGAACUUCCACCUCAAGUUCCCAACAGCUGUUGAUGUAUCAGAGCCGGUCCAGAAAUCCACAGGAUCCAUGGGAUUGGAUUGUUUCUCUCCUCCAGCUGGAAAAAUCCCAGCUAAGCCAGAUUUUCCUCGGAGCACACCAAAUAUUUCCAGUUCUGCCUCAUCUCUGUCGUCUCGGACCUCCACACCUAACCCUAAGGCAGUAAGCCAGUCAGCCAUGAGUGAGAUCAAGAAAAUCAAGUUCCCAAUGGACGACAACUAUGACUGGAGGCUAGCCUGUAGACAGUGCUUUGUUAAAAUAGGGGAAGGCAUCCGGGGGUUUAGAUACAACAUGAAUUUAUCACAUACAUGUGCCAGGGACAUAUUGAUAAUAAGACUGAGAAAGGAAGGAAUGAACUGGAUUAAGAUCCGACCACGUCCAGAGUCUAAGUUCCAGCAGUUUGUAAGCUAUAAGAUCUGUACUCACUUCAGCAGUUGUAACCCUUGUGCUGUCGGGGAGGAAAAGUGCACUUUUGCUCACAACACGACAGAGAAAAAUCUGUGGAACAUGGACAGAGAUCCUGAGGAACCCUUUCUGCUGACAGAAUUCAUCAGCAAACUCCAACAGUAUAAAAUAGACUCAAAUGAGGAGCUUGCCAGACUUCAGUCAGUAGACUCCAGCAGUGAUAAACAGACAGACACUGCCAUACCAGGUUUGAACUACAAAUCUAAACAGACGAAGCCCUCACCCCCUGGACCUGUAGAUCACAUGGUGUCUGCACUGAAGCAACCCCUCCUACCCACCCCUCCAAGGGGACCUUUACCCCCUAACAAUCUGCCUGCUGCCCCCAUAAUGAAUCGGCCACGAAUGCCUGGACCCCCACCCCCGGGCUUCAUUGAUCCUUAUUACAUGAUGCAGCAUCCUCCCCCAGGAAUGGGUCCUCCGCAUGGUAUGCCAUUUCCACCACACCCUAUGAUGAGGAACAGAUUUCCUGGGCAAGGUCCACCAAGAAUGAUGCCUCCAUUCACUUCUCCAACUUCCCAGGCCCAGAUACGACCUAAUAUGAUGAGGGCACCUGCACCUAAGCCAGUGGCCGACUCCACAGCUUAUGAUGAUUCUUCUGAUGUAGUGUCUACGUACAACCAGGAAUUCCCUCUGUCCUCUACACAUGAUUAUAAACUGGUCUGUAAGAACUGCUACAAAGUCAACCUUAGCACUGGAAUGUAUGUAUACCAGCCAACUCAGCACCAGUGUGAUGAAAAUAUUAUGGUGGUGAGACCGAAGCAGUCUAAUGGACAGUGGUUAAAAAUCCGUGAGAGAAAGAAUCACCGGGUGUUUACUGGAAAAUAUAUCAUGUGUAACAGUAUUCACGUGGGGGGCAUCUGUAAGUACGGUGAGGAUAACUGUAGCUUUGCUCAUAAUGUUUGCGAACAGACCUUGUGGACAUUGGAAAAGGAUGAAAAAUUUAAUAUAACAGAGUUUAUCAUGCAGAGCAGAUCUAAGAAUAUGGAGAAGGGUUACUCUAUUGCCGAUAUUCUUGAAAGACAUUCUGGAUAUCUUGGUUUUGUCUGUAAGGCUUGCUUCUACAAUCAACCCCAGAUGAUAAAUCGUGAGGGGGCAGAAGGGAAAUGUAGUGGUAAGGCAAAACAUGAUUGGUCAGACUACAAAAUCUUGGCACAUUUCAGCACUAAUGGACCAGUCACUAUUAUAAACCCCAGGGGAUUCUCACACAAGACCGCUUUCUUUAAAAUCUGUAAAUGGCUGCAUUAUUGUCGGAAUAGAAUUAAUGCAGAGUGUAGGUUUGCUCACAGUAUAGUUGAAAGAGACUUAUGGAUGUUCGAAAGAGACACCGAUUUCUCCCAGGAGAAAAUUGUAGAAUUGUCCAAUAAAGAAUUGGGUAUCUCCACUAAUGCCCCCGAGACAACAAGCUACACUUCCGAGAUCACUCCCUCAGCCACCCUGUACCAGCCCUUCACCCAGCAGUCUCUGGCCUCAGCACCAAAAGCAGCAUCACAGGUACAGGAGUCCAAACCAGUGGCCAGUCUGGAUGAAGAGGAAGAUGACCUGUGUCCUUAUGUUAUACAAGAACUGUGUUUAACCUGCUGGAAAAAUGGGAAGAAGAGUAUUCAGGACGGCACUAAGGACAGAUGUGUGAAAAAUCAUUCUAACUGGAAAACUAAUCGGGUUUACCUAGCCUCCCCCUCCAAUAAGGAGAUUCGAGUCCUGCCCAGGAAGAUUCCGUCAGGGUUUCGGUUCAUUUUGUGUAGUUACAUUGAGAAGCGUGGGAAGUGUGGUUACACUGGGGGUGGGCCGUGUCAGUUUGCCCACAGUCAGGAGGAACUAGAGAUCUGGCAGUGGAUGUGUGCCCAUGAUAUUAAAAAGCUAGAAGAUCUGUAUAAAGCCAGUAAAGAGGCCCAGACAGUGCGGGCAGCCCAGACUAAGAACAAGGCCAUCAGUGGGGAGUCUGUGGUGUCUGUCAGUAAGAGAGUGACCCUGCCUACACAGGUCAAGUUCAGCAUGCACUACUGCUCCUACUGUGGUAAACAGUGUAACAGUGAGAAACAGUGGGACGAGCACUGUGCCUCAGAGAAACAUAACUUCAACGUCAACUCCGAUAAAGAACACCAGUGGAAUUACAGACAGCCACCCUGGGGACUGCCAGGCACUAACUACGAACUCUGCUACAAACACAUGGAGGGUAAGAAAUGUCCGUAUUCACACGUACCCGACAUGUACAACAUGUGUCAGUAUGCCCACAGUGAGGAGGAACUGGACGAGUGGAAAGAAAGGUACGAGUGGCGACAGAUGAAGCGUGACAUGGCGCGGCAGGAGAAGGUGUUCUCCUUCAUGGAUGAGUUACUGGAGGAGUACCAGUCAGCUGAUCAGGGGAUUAGAGUGAUUUCAGAGGAUAUACCAGAUGUAGUUGUUACUUGUGAGCAGGAACUGACAAUCUACGAAGAAGAAAAGAAUGCUGUGUUUACAUGGAUAUUCAAUGUGAAAUCAAGGAGGACUCUGGAGAAAGUUGCACUGCUGUACAACAAAGACCGCCUCCACUUCUCCCUGAAAGAGAGUGACAUGGAGAAGAACACCCAGAUAGCUCCAGGGACUUCAUUCCAAAUCGACAACCACCGCUACCAGGUGGAAGUCCAGUUCACAGGAAACAUGUUUGGGUCAUUCAAUCAGUGGGUCAUAUUUGACUUUGGCAAUCUGCCAGUGUUGGUAAGGAAGUUAUAUGUAGAGGUAGGGACAAUCGGGACACACGAGAAGGUCAAAUCUCUGAGGGAGAAGCUGAACUUUGAUCGCUGGACGGCAGAAAACCGUGAGAUCAUCAGAUACGAGGGAGCUAAUGUUGACGAGUUAGAAAGAAGGCUGACCAGUAAAUACAAAGCCCCGAUCUCAUCGGAGAGCGUGAUCAGCCAGCACAGCGUGGCCACCGAGCUCAACUGGAACAACUACCAUCACAAGAUGCACCAGCUGCUAGAGAUGGAGGAAAUGAAAAGACACCAGAUCAUAUCCAGUUACAACUUGUGCAAGACAAUCACAAUACUGGAGUCCAUCCAGGAACAGGUGUAUGUGUACCCACAGAGGGGAGAACUGUUUGCUAAGGUCCCCCUCGCUGAGUACCUGACAGAGGACACAGAUGCUGGGAAGCUGAUUCUGACCAGUGUCCGUAAUGUGCUGCUGGCCCCUCAGGACCGCUCCACCCAGAGUGUGUACGAGGGGGUGAUUGUCAGGAAAGAUAACUUUGAUUACGAUGGUCGAGGCAAGGAAUACAUGUACCUGUGUCUCUCCAGUAAGUGUGUGAAGGGCCUCAAUCUGAGACACGGAAUGACUCUGAAGGUGGAAAUUCAGUUCCAGAUGGACAGGAUGUGGUUCUGUAUGAUGCAUUAUGCUGUGGAUCAUUUAGGCUCAACUGAUGUGGUGUUUCCAGAUGUCUCAAAGAUCAAGCCUUUCCAUGAGAAAUCAACACUGAGGAUUAACUCAUCCGUUUUGAAUCCUGACCAGUUGACAGCUGUCCAGCACAUAGUGACAGAGAGAGUGGGCUACAAUCCUCCAUUUGUUAUCUAUGGCCCUUUUGGUACUGGUAAAACAGAAACUAUUGCACAGGCUGUAAUGGUGUUAAUCAGAGAGAGACCAGACUCCAAAAUCCUCAUCUGUGCUCAGUCUAACAGUGCUGCAGAUCUGUACUUAACCAAACAUCUGGAUCCUUUCCUGAGGAAGACAAACUUUAACACAAAGAUAAGAAGAGUGUACUUCAAAGAAAGGCGUGUGAACACUGUCCAACCAGAAGUCAAGAAAUACUGUAUGUUAAACUCAGAUAGAACAGCGUUUGAGUUCCCGACCCAUGAUGACAUCAUUAAGCACAACAUCGUGAUAGUGACCCUGUCCACUUCUCUGUUACUGUCAGAGCUGGGACUACAGGACUACUUCACUCACAUAUUUGUGGACGAGGCUGCCCAGACCCUGGAGGCCGAGGCGAUAAUGCCGCUGUCUCUGGCCAGUGAGAAGACGUGUGUUGUGUUAGCAGGAGACCAUCAACAGAUCAGUCCUAAGGUCUACAGUCCAGAGGCUCGUGAACAGAAGUUUGAUGUCUCUUUGUUAGAGAGACUGUUCCAGUACUAUGAAUCUUUCUCACAUAAAAUUGAUCAGACAAAACCAUUGAACAUUCUCCUGAGAAUCAAUUAUAGAACCAAGAUGGAGAUCUUGCGAUUUAUCUCUGCCAUUUUCUACGGUGGUCCGGAGAAGUUGGAGUCCCGUGCUAACCUCCCCUCGGUGCUGGAGAUCACACCUCUGAUGUUUUACGCUGUCCAGGGUGUGGAAAUUCAGGAUUCAGACAGCAUCUCUUUCUACAACAUGUCAGAAGUUCAGGAAGUAGUGGAGCGGGUACAGGAACUGUAUGCAAACUGGCCGGCUGAGUGGGGGGAAAAGAACCCCAAGACUAUCGGGGUCGUCACUCCUUAUUUUGACCAGGUUCAACUAAUUAGGAAAGCCUUAAGAAAGAAGCAUCCUGACUUGAAGAACAUCACUGUUGAGAGAGUAAAUAAUGUUCAAGGAAAGGAAUUUCGAGCAUUAUUCAUUUCGACUGUAAGAACCCGAGGCUUGAUUGACUCUCAGUAUAAGCCCGAGGGAGAGUGCGAGGGAGAUGGAGGGUAUUAUGGCUUCCUGUCGGAUCCUAAGCUUCUGAACACGGCCCUUACUCGAGCCCAGUCCUAUGUGGCAGUGGUGGGCGACCCUGUGGCCCUGUGUGCUAUUGGAGAUUGUCUUAACGUAUGGAAAACCUAUCUUAAACACUGCCAGAACAUGAAGAGUAUCCAUCCAGCGACCCUGACCCUGGAGUCCAUUAAACAACAGGUGUCUAAUCUGGCUCAGACCCCAGCCAGGCAGAGGAUGGUGGAAAUGAGUGGACAGAACAAACCACAUUUAUCUCUACCACAGGAACACACAACUCUUACCCAGGGACAGGUCCUGCCACCCCAGGGUCUGUCACUGCCAGGUCAAGGUCAGUUGAUGCCAGCUCCACUCACUCAUCCUAGUCUACAGACUGGAGCCUGGAAGCAGAAUAAAUCUGGGGAGUCUUUGUUAACUAAUGCUUUUGCUAGACCAGCAGUUAAGCCCCUGGCUAGGUCAAUGUCACACUUAAAUGAGAUUCGCUGUAGGCCCAUACCUCAUCCACAGGUGGAUAGAAUAGUGUACUCUUAUGACUGGAGCGAGUGUUAUGAUACUGCUACAGAUGACCUGCUUAAACAAAUGGCAGAGGAAGCAAUCAGAAUGGAAAGGGUAAACAAGCAGAGAGACAGACCUAAGGCUACCACUGGACCUGUGUAUGUGGAACUUAUUGACUUCAAAGAAAGUAAUGGUCAUGUGGAGCUCUUCUAUGCUAAUGAUUCAACACAACCAACCAAAAAUGGUGAUUUUAAGGAAAUUCAGUUAUAUGAUGAAACCUAUCUCCAGACCAUGAUGCAGAAGUACCCAGAGAGGUUUAAGAAGUGUGUGUUUAGGAAGGAUUCGGAUAGAAUGUAUGUAGAACUUGUUGGUCAGGUAUCCAUUCACAGCCCUAUUGAGAUCGGUAACGUGCGAGAUAGCGGGACAGCUAUGGACGGUGACGAGGUGGUGGUGGAGAUUCUGCCCUCAGAGGACGUAGACGAGCUGGACCUAGAUAACAUGGACACGGGUCAUCACGGCCGAGUGGUGGGAAUUCUCAACAGGAAGAUUGAUCCGGAGUAUAAAUGUUUUGUGUGUUGUGUUGAUCCAGACAAUACUGGUAUAAUGAUCCCCAUAAACACUGGAGCACAUAAAAUGUACGCCUUGUCAGCAGGAGGGGAGAUAAGUAGUGAUGAAGUCCCCGUGUAUCAGAUAUCAAAGGAGGGCAGGGUCAAACAGAGUCGGAUAGUGAAGAUUAACCCCAUUAAAUGUCAGGACACUUUAUUUGUGGUAAGGUUCCUAAAGUGGCAUCCUAAUCUUUAUCUCCCUCUUGGUAUUACAGUAGGAGUGAUUCCAGUAGGCACGUCAUACCAGUUAGCUCUCAAUAUUCUUAACCUGGAGUACGAUGUCAAGAAGGAGGUCAGUAAAGCCGUGGAACAGGAGGUGCUGGCCAGCUUUUCUACUAACUACACUAUCCCUGUGGAGGAGUACAGUAAGAGGCAUAAUCUACGAGAAAAGUGGACGUUUUCCAUCAGUCCAGGAGACUCGGAAGAAAUAGGUCAGGCACUAAGUAUUGAGGAAACUGCCGAGGGGAACUAUUUUAUCGGUGUACAUGUUAGUGAUGUGACUUAUUUUGUGAAGAUGAACAGUAAUGUUGACACAGAGGCUAGAAACAAGACAGAGUCUUUUGUUCUCCCUAAUAAAGAGACCAUUCAUAUGCUGCCAGAAAAACUCAGCACAGACCUCUGUAGCAUAAAACCUUGUGUAGACAGGCUAACCUUGUCUGUGUUCUUAACUGUAUCAAAGUCAGGAGAGAUAAUCAGAGCCGAUCCCAGGAGGUGUAUCAUCAACUCCAAGAAAAAAUUCAACUUCAAUGAAAUAGCUGACAUAUUGGUGGAUCCAGAUGCUGCCUCAGACUACCUGAAGAGCUGUAUUAUAGUGCUGUUUCACAUGUCCAGGAUCUGGCGUAGACAGAGACUGGGUAACGCUAGCCUGUAUCAGGAUAUAGACAUAACACAUGGAGAUAAACACUCACCUGAGGCUUACCUAAUGCUGCAGGAGUUAAUGAUUCAAACUAACCACAAAAUAGCCAUGUUUCUGCUACAGAGAUUCCCUAGUAUGGUCCCCUUGUAUUGUCAGGGCCCUCCUAAUGAAACAGAAGUAGAGAAGUGGAGACAGAAACAUGCGCCAGAUGCCAUUAAUUCUGUGGCUCUAACCAAACCUUUCGAGGGAAACAAAACUUGUCAGUGUAAGAUGGCUUGUACUUGUAUAAUUAACUACAUCAAGCGCACUAGCAAUAUUAAGGUACACGAUUGUUUUGACAUAUCCCAGGUGCUGUGGCAGGCCUUGUGUGAAGCGACAGAGAGUGGCAAUAUGAGUAUGGUUCAGAACAUCAUAAUAGCUGCAGAAAGUCACCCACAGCUGUCUGUAGCAUUGAAGAAGCUUAACUCCAUUCAGACUAAAUCUAAGUAUGUAUGUUCUGGUGACGGCCUAGAUCUCGGGCACUACUCCUUAAAUCUAGCUCCUUAUGUCCACUUUGUGAAUCCGAUCAGUCGUUACAUGGAUCUUGUCACACACAGAAUGGUGCUUGCUGCUAUAGAGAAAUCACCAGUCUGUUACACACAGUCCGAUAUUACACAACUCUGUUCCUAUCUUUCCAAUGCCAGUGAUACAGUUAAAAAGUAUCAACAAGCUGUACAGGACUUCCACCUCUCUCUCAUGCUCAAGUCUAAACCUCUGAUUCUGUGUCCAUCUAUAGAAAGAAUUAAUGAAGAGGAAAUUAUACUCUGUUUCCCACCAACAUUUGGAGGUAUUCCAGACUUUAAGAGGAGAAUAAAGAUGAACUUACUAUCUCUGAGGGAACCACCUAAACUUUUAGAUAAAGCAGUGCAGAUAAGCUGGCGAGAGCAGGUUUACGACCCAGUGGCUCCGGCAGAAGAGAUCAGUUCUAAUGUAGAAGAGGAACUCAACCCUAAUCAACACAUAUACCAGAUCCAGUCUUUUCAUUGGCAGAAACUGCUAAUGGCUAUAAGAGAUGAAAAUCACGACAAGCUACAAACUACUGUAAUGUCAGUCAAAGACCAAGUUAGAAAUCCUGCACAGAAUAAAAAUUACUCGUCUGAAAUAACAACAGAGCGACUUGUUAAUGGGAAGAUAGUUCCGUACACUGAUUUCAUGAUAAAAUUCAAUAAUUCUGCCUUGUUAGAAGUACAGGUGGCAGCGGAGAAAUUUAACGGCCUGUUGGUGCCGAUGAUUCAGCUCGUGAGUGUCAUGCCUAAUUUGGACAUCUGUCUGGAACACAGAUCCGACUCCAGACAAUGUUUUGCUAAGGAGCCUGUUCAUUAUGCUUCUAAAGAGAGUUACAAGCAGGAGGAUGAUUAUGUGGAUUCCUGGUUAAGUGUGCUAAAUAUAGAGGCAGCUGAGACUGCUGUUAAUGAAGCCAAUUCUAUUCUGAUAAGAAAUGUAUUUCUGCACUGGAAGUAUGAAGGGACGGGAGAAAAGAUGUAUACCGCUCAGUUUAGUUUACCUUUGGAUUUCUGUAAGAAAAGAAACAUUAAGUUCGGCAGUGACACAAUGUUAGAAGAAAUAUUUGAUCCUGAGAACAUUCACUUUGCAGAGAGCUACUUACUAGAUUUUAUUUGUGUGCGAUACUCGAGUCUCCAGGUAACUGGUCGUAAGCAGGACUCGGAUCAGGUGUUAGGUGGUGAAACAGCCGUUAAAUGGGUCGGACACUGUGUGGUCACUUCAGUAACAAGGAAUGAGAAGGAGUUAAAGGUCAGAAUACAGUUACAUCACAGCAUUGUGGAGCCACCAUCCUACUUACAGAGUCCUCAAAUAAGCAAAACACCAUGUACCAUAGAGUGGAUUCCUAAAGCUAUAGAGACCAGACAAAUGGAAUGUGCCAUAAGGACAGUUCCUGACAGUGGACAGCUGGCUAAAGAUAUUGCUCUAGGAAGAACACCUGUACCUACAGUUGACUAUAGAGAUGUAGAGAUCCUUCGACAGUUCCCGGCCCCAGGAUUACCUGCCCUUGACCUUUCUCAGGACCAGGCAGUCUCCACAGCUAUGAAGCAGCCAUUUACUGUCAUCUGUGGCCCACCUGGUACAGGGAAAUCCCUCAUUGCUGCUCGACUAAUAUAUCUGUUGUCCUUAAGAAAUAAAAUGGUUCCUGUUAGCGGAGGGAAGCCUCAGAUCUUAGUUUGUGCUCCUACGGAUCAGUCAUUAGAUGUACUAGUGGAUUACUUGAGUCACCUUGGUCAGAGCUGUCCAAAGAUUUUAAGGGUGUAUGAUGAGUUGAUUGAACAGCAAGAGUUCCCUAAACUAAGUAGGUCAUCACCAUUAAAAUGGACUGCAACUAAUGCCAAAAUGAGUACUGUUGUCCAGGAAAAAAUAGCCCUUCAUCAUAAGAUAAGGGACCCAGAGACAUUGUUUGGUCAGUCCAUUAGCCAGUAUGAUUAUCUGUUUGCACUGUACCCUGACAAUAUCACUGAUCAGCAGAUAGAGGAGUAUGUAGCCACCGUUAAGAAGGCAGAGAUGAUAGAACUGAGCGAGGCGGAGAUUAUAAUGUGUACCUGUACUGCCAGCUCCAGGUCCCAGAUCAGAAACGGCUGUGAUAUCAACCAGGUUGUGAUAGAUAACUGUAGUAUGGCGUCAGAACCAGAGUGUAUGAUACCCAUUGUAACCUUUGACUCGGUGAAGCAGGUUGUUGUCCUGGGUGACGGUCAGCAGGUGCCCCGUAAAGUUAGUAGUCCUGUGGCCAGGACCUUAGGACUGGGGUCAUCUCUAUUACACAGAUACAGGGACAAGGCUGUCCAGCUUCACACCCAGUAUCGCAUGCAACAAGAUAUAGGUGAUUUGGCAUCACAGGCAGUAUCAGGGGAGACCUUGACUUGUGGCAGUGAGGAGCAGAGACUGGGUGUAACUCUGUUCACUAAUGACAAACCCGUGACAUUCUGUCAGUUUUAUGGGAGGGAGGAGGCAGCAGGACGGGAGAUCAUUAACCAGGAGGAGUCCAACCUAGCUGUUGCGAUUGCUUCCAAGCUGGUAAAUCGUCACCGUCUGGGAGAGGAGAGUGUUGUUGUCCUGUCCUUUUACACAGAACAGUGUUCUCUGAUUUCUAAAAAGCUCCAACAAAAGGGACACAAAAAUAUCUCUGUCUGUACUGUGGAGAGCAGUCAAGGAAAGGAAUGGGAUAAUGUCAUUCUGUCCACUGUCAGGACAAUGCCGGGCCACAAAGUAGAACUUAGAUCCACCACUCAUUGGAAGGAGCAGCACCUUGGUCAAGUAGUAAAUCAGGGCCAGGUCAGUCAAGCACUGACCAGAGCCAAGAAACGACUCAUUAUUUUAGGAAAUGAUAACUUGUUGAGAUGUGAUGCAUUAUGGGAGAAGUAUAUUCAGUUGUGUCAGAGUAAAGGACAGGUUGUGGAUGGAAGACAAUAUUUGAAAUGGAUGAAUUAAAUCCUUAUAACUUCACAGAGGUGUUAAUGGAAGACAAUAUUUGAAAUGGAUGAAUUAAAUCCAUGUAACGUGACAGGGUUAGAUUACAUGAACUGCAUUUAAGAAUUUUAAAAAUGUUAAACAUUAUGCACAAAAGUUGAACUUUAUGUUCCUGAUGUACAUGUAUGUUCAAUAUGUAUACAUAUACUUUUUUGGUAUUCGAAAUUUUUUUAAAAGAUUGAUGUCGUUAAUAUUUAGAUUAUAGCUGUGUGCUUUAUUUCAGUAUAUAUGUAUAAUGUACAAGUAUUAGUACAUGCAUAGCUUAUAUUGUUUUUUGUUUGUUAUUUUGUAUUAAUAAUUCAACAUUUUCUUUGGUUUCUUGUAAUUUAGAUGUACUAGUAAAGACAUACCCGUACUCGGAGAUAUUUUCUAUGGAAAGAUAAUGAAAUGAAAUGGUUACAUGGUUAGAUUGGACAAAUAUUUGGUAAAAGUAGGUUUUAUCUUGGAGGCAUGUUGGAGGAACAUGUACGUGUAGACUCAGGUUACAGAGACCACAUAUUGUGUAUCAUAGAUGUCUGUUUGUAUUAUAAAGCUACCCAUAUUAAAAUGUUCAGUAUAAACAAACAUUCAGAUUUUAAUUUGAAUUAUUUAUAUGUACUGAUAUAUAUGUUUGUUCUUGUAUACUAAUCUUAACAAAAAUAUUUGAAUUUCACUUUAAUUUUUUUUUAAUUUUAAAACUUACUAUAAAGUGUAUGAUUUAUACAACCAGGGAUGCCAUUUUGAAAACAAUGAGAAAGAAUAUAAGGAUAUUUUAGCAUUGGUAGCAUUUUUUGUACCGUAAUAUGGCUGCAAAACUUUUGUAUUCUAAUAUCUGCUUGCUAGUUUAUAUAAACUGGAAUGACUGUUGAUGAAACAUAUAUUGCAUACCAUGUUAUAAGCAAAGUAAUUAUAUUUAACAAUAUUGGAUUUUUUUCUAUUGUACACAGUAAUAUUGGGGAAUUACUAAGAAUGGAUAUUCCUCAGUGCACAGUUCUAUAUAAAAUCUGUAUCACUAUACGGUAACACUUUACCCUUGUCAAAUCACGGUUAUAUUUAUGACAUAUUCAGAUUUUCAGCAAGUUAAUGAAUGCACGAAUAUAGUAAAUGUAAAGACAGGGAAAUCCCCACCCACUCACUGUUGGGUAGCUGCAAUAAUGUAGCCCUCUCCCUUUUUUUUUUUUUUUUUUUAUUUUCGCCAGAAAACAUCAGAAUAAAAAAAAAUCGGAGAGGGCUACAUUAUUGCAGCUAACUGUUGGGGUGAAGGAAGCGAUUUAUGUUUGGACAUUAGAGUAAGUUUUGUCUGUAGAUGAGCUGGUAGCUUUGUCCUGGAGUGAAAAAUAUUUAGCCCAUGUAACUUUAUUUUCUUUGUAACUUUUUUGGUUGAAUGUUUGAUGUGGCUUUAAUUUCAAAUAGAAUAAUAAGUAAACUACA